CGUCCUCAUGUGGCUCACAGUUGAGGUGGAAGGGUUGCAAGUCACUGUGCCUGAGAAGAAGAAGGUGGCAAUGUUGUUUCAGCCUGCUCUGCUUCGCUGCCAUUUCUCUACUUCUUCCACCCAGCCAGCUGUGGUACAGUGGAGGUUUAAAUCUUACUGCCAGGACCGGAUGGGAGAAGCUUUGGGUAUGGUGACUUCUGGUUUGCAAACGAUGAGCAAGAGAAACCUGGACUGGGAUCCCUACUUGGACUGUGUGGACAGCAGGAGGACAGUCCGUGUUGUGGCUUCCAAACAAGGAUCUGCCAUCACUAUAGGGGACUUCUAUAAGGAAAGGGAUAUCAGCAUUGUCCACGAUGCAGAUCUUCAGAUUGGGAAGUUGAUGUGGGGAGACAGUGGGCUCUAUUACUGCCUUAUCAUUACACCAGAUGAUGUGGAGGGCAAGAAUGAAGAAUCAGUGGAGCUGCUUGUGCUUGAAUGGGUCUUUGUGGGCCUGGUGAUCCUGGGAGCAUUCCUGUUCUUCCUCCUGGUGGGGAUCUGCUGGUGCCAGUGCUGCCCACACAGCUGCUGCUGUUACGUCCGCUGUCCCUGCUGUCCUGAGUCGUGCUGCUGUCCCCGGGCAUUGUAUAUAGCAGGGAAAGCAGCAAAAGCUGGGUACCCUCCUGCAGUCUCUUCCAUGCCAGGCGCAUACUACAUCCCCAGUGUUCCUGUAACUGGUGUCCCAUCUCCUGCUGUGUUGAUGGAUAAGUCUCACCCACCUCCCUUGGCCCCAAGUGAAGCCAGUGGAGGAAGCCAAAACGUGCGCAAAGGGUACAGGAUCCAGACGGACAAGGAAAGGGACUCCAUGAAGGUGCUGUACUAUGUCGAGAAAGAACUGGCUCAGUUUGACCCAGCCAGGAGGAUGCGAGAACGAUAUAACAACACCAUCUCUGAACUCAGCUCUUUGCAUGAAGAGGACUUGAAUUUUCGGCAGCCCUACCGCCAGGCACGAAGGAAACCUCUGCCUCCUGCAGAGGACCUGGAUGGUGAUGCUGAAUACUGGGCAGGGGUGAUUGGUGGGGGCAGCACGUCAAGAUCGCAGGUGGUCUCCGAUUACAGGGAUGAGCGGGACAGUUUCCGGCACAGCCAGGAGAGAUCCAAGUCUGAGAUGCUGUCCCGUAAGAGUUUCUCAGUGGGAGUGCCGGCCGUCUCUAUGGAUGAACUGGCAGCCUUUGCAGAGUCUUAUGGCCAGCGGAUGCGUCGGGCUGACAGCCAGGAAACUCGGCGUUUCGAGCGGUCAGAGUCACACGGGGGCCGUGGUGGAGGGCUGCCCCAUCAGGACAGCUCCUUGGAGGAGUACUACACCAAGCGUAGCAGAGGGAACCGAGAGCUGCUGACAGACUCAGAUCGGGGCUGGUCUUACAGCCCACCCCGCAGACGGGCCCAUGAGGAGAAGCACCUGCCCAGGCUGGUGAGCCGGACUCCCGGAGGCAGCCAGAAAUAUGAUCACUCCUACCUCAGCAGUGUCCUGGAGAGGAAAUCCCGGAGCUAUGAUGAGAACAGUGACCAUUGUGAAACCCCCUCAAAGCUGAGCUCACAGAGAGGAGGGGGAACAUACUAUGCCUGGUCACCACCCUCUACCUACAAAGCCGAGAAGUCGCAGCAGCAGCCACAGAAGCCACCACCAGCACCUCAGCAAGAGGAAGAGGAGGACACUCUGCCCCCAUACAGUGAAAGGGAGCUGAGCCGAGGCCCUUCGUAUAGGUCCAGGGAGCAGGGCUACCUCAAUGCCUCUGAGAAGAAGAGGAAAAAGGACCCCAAGAAAACAAAUGAUUUCCCAACAAGGAUGUCCCUUGUGGUUUGA